UAUUUAACAGUUGAUCAUAAAAAGUUUUGUGAUACAGUAUUAUAGUCAUUCUAAUUAAAAUAGUGCAUUCAUAAAAAUUGAAAUUAGUUCCCAUUAGAUUAGAGACGAAGUCAAAGUUAACAAAAUUAGCUUAGUUUCCAGAUAUAUAAGUGUGUAUUACAUAGUUAAUGAUGCUGAUAUGAAAUAAAAACAAAACAAAUUCCAAUCGUAUAAGUAGUGUUGUGUAAAUAGAAAACUAAAUCCAAGAAAGACCUUUUCAAUGAAUUAAUACAAAUAAAUUCCUAGAUUCCAAAAUGGAAACUAAUUCAAUAUAUCCUCAUUCUGCUACACUUUUUGCUGCAAUUUGCGCUUGUGUAUUUGUGGUUGUUGGAGUAUUUGGCAAUUUGAUAACUAUACUUGCUCUACUUAAAUGUCCUAAAAUUAGAAGCCACGCCACAACAGCAUUUGUUUUAUCAUUAAGUGUUUCAGAUUUAUUGUUUUGCUCUUUUAGUUUACCUCUAACAGCUAUCCGUUUUUUUCAAGAGGAUUGGACUUUUGGUAAUACUUUAUGUAAGAUAUUUCCCGUAAUAUUCUAUGGUAACGUAGCAGUGUCUUUGCUGAGCAUGGUGGGAAUUACAUUAAAUAGAUAUAUACUUAUAGCUUGUCACAAACUUUACUUGCAUAUAUAUAAAACAAAAUUUAUGAUAUUACAAAUAACUUUUGUGUGGGUGGUAUCAUUUAUAUUACUAUUGCCACCAAUCUUAGGCAUUUGGGGAGAAAUCGGUCUUGAUAAAUCAACAUUUUCGUGUACAAUUCUGAAAAAGAAUGGUAAAUCCAUAAAGAAAACAUUAUUUCUAAUUGGAUUUUUAUUACCUUGCUUAGUGAUCAUAUUAUCAUAUUCAUGCAUAUAUAUAACAGUAUUUCAACAAAAGCGAAAAAUAAAAACACAUAGAAGUUUUAAUUUACCGCCAAAAGAGUCAUUAAGAACUAUGAUGAGAAAAAAUCGGGAGGACAAUAGACUUACUGUUAUGAUGAUUACAAUAUUUGCUUGCUUUUUGUUUUGUUUUCUACCACUGAUGUUGGCAAAUGUUAUUGAUGAUGAGCGAAACACUUCUUAUCCAUGGCUACAUAUAAUAGCAUCAGUAAUGGCUUGGGCAUCCAGCGUAAUCAAUCCUGUUAUAUAUGCAGCAAGUAAUCGCAAUUAUAG